AUGGUCCUCCGAGACCUCGCCGUGGUCCUCAUGGCCAACGACAGUUUACCCUUCACACUCUUGGCCCUCGGAGACCCCCACGUGGCCAUCGUGGCCAACGAGUCGGCAGGCGCAGCCAAGUUUGCGGCUCUGAUCGCGUCCGACCCCGUCGUCUCGGCCGCUUACGCCGCCGGGGUCCCCACCGUCUUUGCGCCGACUGACCAGUACAUUGACAGCAGCCCCAUGAACGUGACGGCGCGACUGAGGAAGCGCGCCACUCUGACCCCGGCGCAGCAACAGCAAUUGCUCCUCCAUGCCACGCAAAGCCAGAGCGAGAUCAACGGCCUGCGCACGCCGCCAGGCGCCGUGGUGCCGACCAAGGACACCACGGCGAAUCUCAAGGGUUCCACGCAAAAGGUCGUCUCCAAGCCCAAGAACAAUACCAAGACGACGUCGAGCAGACGAUGGGUUGGCGGUCCGGCCCUUCUGCCCCGACAGGACAACACCAGCGCCGUGGACACGCUCGUGGAUAUCCAGUCAGGACUCGGGAAUUCGGUUGGUAUCAUAACCGCCGACAUCCCCUUUAAUGGCGGUCUCAUUCAUACCACGGACGGUCUCUUCACCGUCCCCGUCGCAUUGUCCUCAACCGCCCAGACCACGGGACAAACAACCUUCCUCUCGCUCGCCAACGCCUCGAACCAGUCGGCGAUCCUGGACGCGACGCCCCUCAUCACCGUCUUCAUCCCCACCAACCUGGCCUUCGCCGAGGCCAACAUCUCGCCGUCGUCCAGCGGCAUCCCGUCCAUCCUGGCGGGCCACGUCGUGCAAAACUUCGCGGGCUACCUCCCCAGUUUGGCGGAUGGGGCCAGUUUCGUCACGCAGUCCGGCACCACCGUCACCGUGACCAUCGACGGCGACGGCGACUACUUCGUCAACAACGCCAAGAUCGUCGCCUCGAAUCUCGUCCUGGAGAACGGCGUCGCUCACAUCAUCGACACGGUCCUGACGCCUCCCAUCACGCCGUACUUGGGCGCCGCCACGUCCGUUCACCCCACGGGCGGUGUGGCGAGGUCGCUCGUCCUAGCGCUGGCCGUCAUGAUCGCUCUGGCGUUGACCUCGUGA